AAUUCAUAUAUCCAGGAUCUGCAAGGACUUUACCCCUGGAUUAAAUUUUAUUCCGUUUUACUUUUUGCGGUAGCUACACUAAUCCUUUAGAUUUUGGGUCAUUAUCCUUAACAGCACAGACUCGAAGACGUUCAAGAAACUACAACUAGCUACAUUUGCAUAACUGCGUUUAUGAAGCACGCUACCACACUUCUCCGGACUCUGGCUUUUCAGCGUAAACCACAACUCCAUAGCAUGUCUUCUGCUGUUCACGAAAACGUGAAGAAUUAUUAUGGCUCUCGGCUGGAGACUUCAGAUGACUUACAGACCAAUGCUGCGUGUGUCAUGCCCUCCAGACCCGUGGCCAAGAGUGCAUGUGAAGCCCUGAAACUAGUCCACCCAGAUGUUUGCAAGAGGUAUUUUGGCUGUGGCCUGGUGAUUCCAGAAAAGCUGGAAGGAUGUGCGGUUCUUGAUCUGGGCAGUGGAUCGGGGAGAGACUGCUUCGUCCUCAGUAAACUGGUGGGGGAGAGUGGUCAUGUCAUUGGACUGGAUAUGACGGAUGAAAUGAUUGUUGCUUCGCAAAAAUAUAUCCAGUACCAUCAGGAGAAGUUUGGAUACUCAAAACCGAACACUGUGUUUGUGAAAGGAUACAUGGAGAAGCUCAGUGAUGCAGGGAUACAGAACAACUCUUUGGAUGUAGUUGUGUCAAAUUGUGUAAUAUGCCUGUGUCCAGAUAAGAGAACUGUGAUAAGUGAAGCUUACAAAGUUCUAAAGGAGGGUGGAGAGUUGUACUACAGUGACAUCUAUGCAAGCAAAGUAGUUCCAGACUCUUUCAAAGAAGAUCCAGUUCUGUGGGGUGAGGGAAUGGCUGGCGCCCUCUACUGGCGAGAUUUCAUUGCUCUGAUGAAGGACAUAGGCUUCAGCACUCCCCACAUGGUUGCAGGCAGUCACAUUGUGGUUCACAAUCCUGAACUUCAAAAAAAGACUGGUGAUGUUAAAUACGCAUCUGGAACUUACCGGAUCUUUAAACUGCCUGAAAACUCCAUCAAGAGCAAAGCUCUGGUCACAUAUAAAGGAACCGUGCCUGACUGUGCUGACUGGUUUGAGUUUGAUGCCUCUCAUUCUUUCAAGGCGAAUGUCCCAGUGGAGGUGGAUGCAGAGAUGGCCGCCAUCCUCAAGAACACACGUUUCUCUACAGACUUCAAUAUUACGAUGUUAGACACUCCAGAUCCAAACCAGAGCGGAACUCCUCAGUAUUGCCACCUCAGCCCGUUUCUUCUCGCGGAUAAACUGGGCUCCUCUGUCAAACAGUGCUCAAAGACAGGGCGCUAAGGUAAAUGUGGAGAGUCUGACGGAUCAUGUGAUGUCUGGAUCACUUGAGAAAAUGUAGUGGGAAGUGAGAGUAUGGUGUCUGUAGUGCUCAAAUGAUCAUUCCAUAUGUUUUCUUUAAACUUCAGGAAGUUCUGCUUAUUGUAAAAUGACUUUUAAAAAUGGUAAUCACAAUAACAGCAGGCAGCAGCCUCAAUAACAAAACAAUAGUAAUAAUUAUUAAAAUAUGACUUACAUUAAUAUGUGAAAAGCAUGAGCAAAGCUAUCCACUUUUUAUUUAAGAAAGGUUUACUUGAUUUAUUUCCUUUUUUUAAUUGAACUUUAAAACCAUUGCAACAGUUCUCUUUUCUUCUUCUUCUUUUUGAGCUAUAGUUGAAAAAUGUAAAGCAAAUUCCCUUAGUCCCUUAGAAGACUUAAGAAGUAUUGGGACUUGUUUUUCAUUCUGGCUGAAAUAAGGCAGUGCUGAUAUUAACAUCGAUUCACAAUCUCUCUGUUAAAUUAGUUUUUGCAUUUAUUUUUAUUUGUUUACUAAGGAGACAACUGUCAAUGAAGUGAAUUCUUGAGAUCACAUACUCUAUAAGAUAUAGAUUCUUUCUACACAUAUCACGGUAUCACGUUCACUUAUGUUGAUAAUAUAUAUUUUUUUUAUUGUGCAUCAUAAGAUGUAAUGUGUCAAAAUGUUCAAAAAGUGUGACAAUUGUUUUUUGUUCUGUAUUUAGGUUGCACAAAAUACUACCUUAGACAUUAAUUUUAACACAAUUGGUUUAGAGGUUGUUUUUUAAAGUUUAAAAUGUUCCUGCCAUAAUAAUUUGAGAUGUGGUGGGAAAAGAUUUUAGGGAAAAACAGAAAUGACAGAAUUAAUAAUUGUGAUGGAUAGAUAUUUGCUGUUGUUAGUAGAUUAAAGGUAUAUCUAAAAGUGUUUUGUAUAUUUUUUAGGGUCCAAAAGAGCUCUUAGUCAAAGAAACACCGAUUACAUUUAUUAGCAACAUCAAAUUGAUGUUGUUUCCGAGAAGGGAUAAAUGUUAACUUCACUUUUUGAUUUCCCUUAUUCCUAAAAAUCAUGUGAUAUUUUUAAUUGCAGGAUGUAGACUGGUGUCACUUUCCCUGUAAGUCUCUUGAGAAAGGUUUCUUUGCCAGUAAUAGGAAUUAUCAUACUUUUUAACAACCAUUCACAUACUGCGUUUUACUUAACAGUGCUAUGACGAGUAAGAUUAGAUUUAAGAUCAUGUGUAGUCUCAGUAUUCUUGUUCGUAUGAUUUAAUUGUAUCUCGUUUUAUUGAAUUACA